GGGGCUACGAUGGCCGUCCCUCGGGGCCGGGAGCGGAUCCUCUGCCUUUUCGACGUGGAUGGGACCCUCACCCCGCCUCGCCAGAAAAUUGAACCAGCAGUAGCAGAGUUUCUGGAAGAGUUGCGUAAGAGAGUGAUGAUUGGUGUGGUGGGAGGGUCUGACUACACCAAGAUUGCAGAGCAGCUAGGAGAAGGGGACGAAGUUAUCAACAAGUUUGAUUACGUCUUUGCGGAAAAUGGCACUGUGCAGUACAAGAAUGGACAACUAGUCUCCAAGCAGGCUAUCCAAGACCACCUUGGGGAGGAACUUCUACAGGAACUGAUCAACUUCUGUCUCAGCUACAUAGCACUACUAAAGUUGCCCAAGAAACGAGGGACCUUCAUAGAAUUCCGUAGUGGAAUGUUGAACAUCUCUCCAAUUGGUCGAAGCUGCACCACGGAGGAGCGAAUAGAGUUUUCAGAACUGGACAAGAAAGAGAGGAUCCGAGAGAAAUUCGUAGCUGCCCUGCAGAGGGAGUUUGCUGGCAAGGGCCUGAGAUUUUCCCGAGGUGGCAUGAUUAGCUUUGACGUCUUCCCAGAGGGCUGGGAUAAGCGCUAUUGCCUCGAUAUUCUUGAUGAGGAAAGAUUUGAUAUCAUACAUUUCUUUGGGAAUGAGACAACUCCUGGUGGGAAUGAUUAUGAAAUCUAUGAUGAUCCCCGGACAGUAGGACACAGCAUCCAGUCUCCCCAGGAUACAGUUCAGAGAUGCCGGGAGAUCUUCUUUCCAGAAACAGUGAAUGAAUCUUGACUCACAGGCUUUCUGCUGCUAUUCUUCAUCACUCUAAGAAGACCUUCACUCUCUUCAUGAAAGCACCUUCUGGAUCCUCUCAGGGCUCCUCUGAGCCCAAAGGUGAAAACUCACUUUGAAAACAGUGGCAUGUCAAAGGAUGAUAGUUCUGAAUCAUUAGCAGCAACACCUCUUGGGACUUGCAGAAUCAAAAUUUUGGUGCCCACCUAUACCCCCCCACCAAAAAAAAAACAGGGUAUAAUUUUGUUGUUUAAGGGAGACACAUGGUAUUCUUGCUGAGGCCUUUUGGGAUAAGACAAUCAUCAGGGCCUAACCUCCCCCCAUGUUCUUACAAACUAAUAUAUUUCUGCGAUUAAGGUCUAUAAAGAGUUUAUUUUUUUAAAAGAAGGAGUCCUUAAAUUUUCAAAGUUUGGGACUUGUGGCAUAUUUUCAUAUUGCUGAAUAAGCCAAGAUGGUCAG